CAAACAGGCCUCUUGUACACAGCUGAAGAAACGCCCACAAUAACCACGGUCGAGAAUAGAGGAGAUAGACGUUAGUAAUCAUUAACCAACCAACCUCACUUUCUUCUCUCUUCUAUCUUCUAACGCUAUUUCUAUUUUAGUUAAUGACUUCCUCAUAGCUCCCUUCCAUUUCACUACCAUGCCAUCUCGCCAGCGCAGAUCCCUCCUCGCUUCACCUCCGCUGAGUAAUAACCACCGCCGCCACCACAGCCAACACCAUGUGAAGCUCCUUUUUCCACUUCUCGCUGGAGCUCUUACUUUUACUGUGCUCUGUUUCAUUAUCAUCAUUUUCUUUUUUUACCGCAAACUAUCUCGUAACCGUACAGCUCCAUCAGACCUUAAAUCUCCUAAUCAUCAUCAGCAGCAGCAGCAAUGUCGCCGCUUUUCAUAUUCGCUCCUCCGGAGCGCCACGGCUUCGUUUUCUCCCUCCAACCAGCUUGGCCAUGGCGGAUUUGGCUCAGUUUAUAAAGCCAUUCUUCCUCCGACAAACCAGCCGUUGGCAGUCAAGCUCAUGGACCCCAAUGGCUCACUCCAAGGGGAGCGUGAGUUCCACAACGAGCUCUCUCUCGCCUCCUCUCUGCACUCCCCUUACAUUGUCUCUCUCCUGGGAUUUUCCUCGGAUCGUCGUAGACGGAAGCUCAUUUUGGUGUACGAGCUUAUGGAGAACCGGAGCCUCCAGGAAGCUUUGCUAGAUCGGAAGUGUGAAGAACUUAUGGAUUGGAGAAAAAGAUUUGAUUUAGUAACAGAUGUUGCUAAAGGACUUGAAUAUCUACAUCAUUUCUGCAAUCCUCCUGUGAUUCACGGUGAUAUUAAACCCAGUAAUAUAAUGCUUGACUUGGAUUUUAAUGCAAAGAUUGGUGAUUUUGGACUCGCAAGAUUGAAGGCAGAGGAGAACGUUGUGGAGAAGAAGGAUGCUUUUGUAGUUGCCGAGGAUAAUGGGUCGAUUUUGGAGGAGAUAGAGAGUGUGGUGACUGGCUUCGAGGAUAGUGCUACUGCUGUCGGUGUUGAUCGAUCGCCUGAGAGUUUUGCCGUUAGGGUUUUAGAUUCAGAUGCUUCACCGGAGAUGGUUGCUCCUGUGUCGCCGGAGAUGGGUGUGGAUAAAGGCAGUGUUUCGGAGGCUGGGUUUGAUAAGCUUAGUGUUGAUAGUGGGAAGGAUUUGGUUAAUGGGGGGAAGAAGGGUGGGUCUAGAAGGGAUUGGUGGUGGAAACAGGAUAAUGGAGGCGGAUCAGAGUCAGGGAGAGUAAAGGAUUAUGUGAUGGAGUGGAUUGGGAGUGAGAUUAAGAAGGCGAGACCCAGCAGUGAAUGGAUUGCAUCUCCCAGCUCGGUUGAAAACAAUCCUUUGAGAACUAAAAGCUUGACGAUGGAGCCAAAGAAGAAGCACAAGAAAAGAUUGGAAUGGUGGGCAUCUUUGGAUGAGGAAAGAAUGCAAAAGAAGGAGAAGAGUAGAAAGCCCAGAGAGUGGUGGAAAGAAGAGUUCUGCGAGGAGCUCACAAAGAAGAAGAAGAAGAAAAGAGGACUUAAUUCGAGUAAUGGGGGAGAUUCAUGGUGGCAGAAGGAUGACGAUGAGGUAGAAGGGAGAAAGAAAAGGAAGAGCAAGAGAAGCAGAGGCAGCAUUGAUUGGUGGUUGGAUGGGUACAGCGGUGAAUUUAGAAAUGGGCGAAGAAGCAGCCAAGAUUGGGCAAGUGGAGAGAUACCGAAGAGUGGUGGUGUUAGUAGCACGCCUAGCAUGAGAGGAACUGUAUGUUAUAUUGCUCCAGAGUAUGGCGGUGGUGGCCUGUUAUCAGAGAAGUGUGAUGUGUAUAGCUUCGGGGUUCUGCUUCUGGUUGUGGUUUCUGGUCGGAGACCCCUGCAAGUAACUGCCUCACCAAUCUCAGAAUUUGAGAGGGCAAAUCUGAUUUCUUGGGCUAGGCAACUCGCAUACAAUGGGAAACUUUUGGAUCUUGUUGAUCCUUUAAUACAUUCAAUGGAUAAAGAUCAGGCAUUGUUGUGCAUCACAAUUGCACUGCUCUGUUUGCAGAGAUCACCAACCAAGCGGCCUACCAUGAAAGAAAUUGUGGGGAUGCUUUCUGGUGAGACAGAACCACCUCACUUGCCAUUUGAAUUUUCACCAUCGCCGCCGUCCAAUUUUCCAUUUAAGUCCCGGAAGAAGGCCCGGUGAGUAUAUUGGAAUUAUGACAUCAUUUGGUAGAUUAACUGGAGAGUGGGUACUGCUUUAGUUGUUUUAGGCCAUUUCUAGUUUAUCAUGUUCGUAGAAAUUGUUGCCAAAGUGGAAAUUAGCAUACAUAUUUCUUGUGCAUUUGAGGCCUUCCUCUUGUUGCUUGGGCAUUAGUUGUUUCCUUUGGGCCUACAAGUGCCGUUUCCAGUGUUUGACUUGUUGGGUGUUGUGAUUAGAGGCUGAGUGACACUUGACUUUUGAACCUCAAAGUUGUUGAAUUUUAGGAAUCCCAGGAUUAAUGGUAAA